GUGCUACUUUUGACCAGGAUAGGAGCACUGGGCAGCAGAAGUUCUGCUCGCACCUCCACACCGGCACCUCAGACGAGUGGAGUCUGGCCUCUUCCUCCGCGGUCAACAGGAUUUAGAGCUCUAAAGCGCACAUUACUUCUAAUAAUAAGGGUUAGAGGGAUAGGUGUGAAAAGAUGACGGCUGUUGUUGAGACGCAGAUGCAGUAUAACAACACCUACAUGAUGUCUACUACGCAAGACUACAUGAUUCAGGAGGAUGAUUGGGACAGGGACCUGCUGCUGGACCCUGCCUGGGAGAAACAGCAGAGGAAGACGUUCACGGCGUGGUGUAAUUCUCAUCUGCGUAAAGCGGGAACUCAGAUCGAGAACAUUGAAGAGGAUUUCAGGAAUGGCCUCAAACUCAUGCUGCUGCUCGAGGUCAUCUCAGGUGAGAGGCUGCCCAAACCUGACAAAGGAAAGAUGCGUUUCCACAAGAUCGCCAACGUCAACAAGGCUCUGGAUUUCAUCUGUAGCAAAGGAGUCAAACUGGUGUCCAUCGGUGCUGAAGAGAUUGUUGAUGGUAAUGUGAAAAUGACUCUGGGGAUGAUCUGGACCAUCAUCCUGCGUUUCGCCAUCCAGGACAUCUCUGUGGAGGAGACGUCUGCUAAAGAGGGUCUUCUGUUGUGGUGUCAGAGGAAGACUGCCCCCUACAGGAACGUCAAUGUACAGAACUUCCACAUCAGCUGGAAGGACGGCCUGGCUCUGUGCGCCCUCAUCCACAGACACAGACCAGACCUCAUCGACUACUCCAAACUCAGAAAGGACGACCCCAUUGGAAACCUGAACACUGCAUUUGAGGUGGCUGAGAAAUACCUGGACAUCCCCAAAAUGCUGGACGCUGAAGACAUUGUCAACACUCCUAAACCUGACGAGAAAGCCAUCAUGACCUACGUGUCCUGCUUUUACCAUGCUUUCGCUGGUGCUGAACAGGCUGAGACGGCUGCUAACAGGAUCUGCAAGGUUCUAGCUGUGAACCAGGAGAAUGAACGGCUGAUGGAGGAGUAUGAGAAACUGGCCAGCGAGCUGCUGGAGUGGAUCCGCCGCACCAUCCCCUGGCUGGAGAACCGCGCGGCGGAGCAGACCAUGCGCGCCAUGCAGCAGAAGCUGGAGGAUUUCCGGGACUACAGGCGCGUUCACAAGCCUCCGCGCGUGCAGGAGAAAUGCCAGCUGGAGAUCAACUUCAACACCCUGCAGACCAAGCUGCGCCUGAGCAACCGUCCCGCCUUCAUGCCCUCCGAGGGGAAGAUGGUGUCGGACAUCGCUAACGCUUGGAAAGGUCUGGAGCAGGUGGAGAAGGGUUAUGAGGAAUGGCUGCUCACUGAGAUCCGCCGUCUGGAGAGACUCGAUCAUUUGGCUGAGAAGUUUAAGCAGAAAUGCUCCCUGCAUGAGUCCUGGACCACAGGAAAGGAGCACCUGCUGUCCCAGAAGGACUAUGAGACGGCCUCUCUGAUGGAGAUCCGGGCUCUGAUGAGGAAACACGAGGCGUUCGAGAGCGAUCUGGCCGCUCAUCAGGACCGCGUGGAGCAGAUUGCAGCCAUCGCUCAAGAGCUGAAUGAAUUAGACUAUCAUGAUGCUGCUACAGUGAACGCUCGCUGUCAGGGCAUCUGUGACCAGUGGGACAAUCUGGGGACCCUGACCCAGAAGAGGAGAGAUUCUCUGGAGCGUGUAGAAAAGCUUUGGGAGACGAUUGAUCAGCUGUACCUGGAGUUCGCCAAGAGAGCAGCUCCCUUCAACAACUGGAUGGACGGAGCCAUUGAGGAUCUGCAGGACAUGUUCAUCGUGCACAGCAUCGAGGAAAUCCAGAGUCUGAUCACAGCUCACGACCAGUUUAAAGCCACUCUUCCCGAGGCCGAUAAGGAGCGAAUGGCCGUGAUGGGCAUCCAGAACGAGAUCGUGAAGAUCGCUCAAACCUACGGCAUCAAGCUGGUCGGAGUCAAUCCAUACUCAGUGCUCAGCCCACAGGACAUCACCAACAAAUGGGAGGCUGUCAAGCAGCUGGUUCCCCUCAGAGACCAGAUGCUGCAGGAGGAGGUUGCCAGGCAACAGGCCAACGAGAGGCUGAGACGCUCGUUUGCGGCUCAGGCAAACAUCAUCGGACCCUGGAUUCAGACCAAGAUGGAGGAGAUCGGUCAUGUGUCGGUGGACAUCGCCGGCUCUCUGGAGGAACAGAUGAACAACCUGAAGCAGUACGAGCAGAACAUCAUCAACUAUAAAUCCAACAUCGACAAGCUGGAGGGAGACCACCAGCUCAUUCAGGAGGCGCUCAUCUUCGACAACAAACACACCAACUACACCAUGGAGCACAUCCGUGUGGGCUGGGAGCAGCUGCUCACCACCAUCGCUCGCACCAUCAACGAGGUGGAGAACCAGAUCCUGACCCGCGACGCAAAGGGCAUCAGCCAGGAGCAGCUCAACGAGUUCAGAGCCUCCUUCAACCACUUCGACAGGAAGAGAAACGGCAUGAUGGACCCCGACGACUUCCGCGCCUGUCUGAUCUCUAUGGGUUACGAUCUGGGUGAGGUGGAGUUCGCCCGCAUUAUGACCCUGGUGGACCCCAACAACACCGGCGUGGUGACCUUCCAGGCCUUCAUCGACUUCAUGACCCGCGAGACUGCCGAAACCGACACUGCUGAACAAGUCAUGGCCUCCUUCAAGAUCCUGGCCUCCGACAAGCCCUACAUCACCGUGGAGGAGCUCCGCCGCGAACUGCCCCCAGAGCAGGCCGAGUACUGCAUCAGCCGCAUGACCAAGUACGUCGGCCCCGAAGGAGCCCUUGGAGCCCUGGAUUACAUCUCCUUCUCCAGCGCCCUCUACGGAGAGAGCGACUUAUAAAUGCUCUCAAUGUCCUGCUUUUUCUCUUUCUUUUCUCUCAUCCCUCUCUCUUCUUGUUUUCUUCAAGCACCCCCAAAUGUAGCUUUCAGUCUGUGAAGGGAGUCAAUAGUAAUAUCUCUCGUUUUCCCACUCAUGAAUAUUCUCUGUCUUUCUGUCUAAAGCCCACACUGCUAGCUUUAACUGCAUUUGUAUCUUACAUCCACUCUGUAAUAGGAUGGAAUUGCAAUAAUGGGGUUUUUAAUCUUGUUGUCCAGUCAAAAAAGUCUCAUUUGAAUGUCUGACGCGUUUUUCCCCUCCAAUAAGCAUCACAUCGUCUGAAGUCAGCAUGGAAUUGGAUCAACCCUAUUUAUUCGUGUUCCUGUUCUUAUUAUGGAUAAUUAUUCAAUGCAUUUUGUGCCUAAAAAUAUCUGAAGCCCUUUUUUAAAAGAUAUCAUCUAGGCUAGAAAAAAUAUUUGGGCAUAAUUUUAGGCCAGUUUUCUUAGCGUGGGGUUAUGCUGUCUUGCUAAAAUCUUAUAGUAGUUAAUGCACACUAACACAUUAGCAAACUUUCCAUCAUUUUGAAUAAUAAAACAAGUCUUACCCUACAUUUCUAUUGUUAAAUCAGGUCGCACUCACUUUAUAAAAGUUAAACUGGUCGUUUCAUGUUGACUUCAGUAUGCUUAGGCCAACUUUCUUAUCUCUGUGCCUUAAAAAACCUUCCAACAUGAUAAAAGAUGCAUUAUAAUGUGUGUUUGUUAAUUAAUGAGUGCUUGUAAAGAUGCAUGUUGUGUUUAUUCUGCAGACAUUAAUAUGUGAGAAGGGCCUGUUGCCUCAUUUGGUCUGUACUGUUUAAAAACCCCAAAAAGCACUACUGCUGUCCAGUGUCUUCUUAAUUUGAAACUGUGAGAACAACUCAAUAGUCUCUACACAGAACGUUUAGUGUCUGUAUGUUGUGUUGUCAUCAUGUUUCAUCUUUUAUCAUUGUGUAUUGUGAAUGUGGUGUUCAGAGGCAAAUUCACUAUUAUUAAUUUGCCUUUUAAUUGGGAAGUAUUGUGCCAAAUUAUCAAACCAAAGCCAGUAAAUGAACUUGAUGAAAUGGCAAAGACUAUGGCAAAGUGUAUGUGUUGCACUGACCUGAAUGGCUUCUGAAAGCUUAACAAGAACCAGGUUUGCUUUCAAACCGACAGUGAAAUCCAGUGACACACACGACAGAUUCGUUAAAUUAAACCCUGGAUGUCACUGCAGUGAAACACCCUCUAUCUCUUUGUAUUUAGAUAUACUCACGUCGAUCAUUUUAAGGAAUAAUUCACUAUUAAGAAUCAUUUACUCACCCUCAUGUUGUUCCAAUGUGUUAAGAAGGUGGUCUGUCAGAAAGUUUACAUGACUCCAUAUCCUAGGUGUUGAAGAAAUUAUGUCUGUUUACAUAAUAAAACAUAACAAUAUAUGGACGAUAACUAAAUCGCAGCCGUUGCUUCUUCUAAUUCAAAUAUUCGCGCCCUUUGACGCUGGUGUGAUUCUGAUUGGCUGUCAACGUUUUACCGUUUAUCAGCGGAGGAAAAAAGGUAAAUUAAUUACGCAUGUUUGUCAAUUUUAGAGUUAUCCACCCCCUUAAAUAAAAGAUAGAGGGUGUCUGGUUCUUUAAAAGAGAUGUUUGGGAAAGUUAUGAAAGUUUUGAAAGGAGGAAGAACGUCUUUGUCCUCAGGCAGGCCUUGUUUAUCAAGGAUGUAGUUUCUAUUGGCGAUAUUCGGAUGUUAUUUGUCAUUCAAUAUCAAUCAUGAUGUUAAAUCUGGGUAAAUGUAUUUCACUGACCCUUCAGAUCGCCUCAUUGUGAUCAUCUCUGUCUCCUAUAUGGCCUCCAGGUAUCUUCAUUUGCAUUUUAAACGCAGACGAUUAAAAAAUAAACCGAAACGCCCAGAAUAAAACAGCUCAAACUCUA